UGCAGUUUAUACCACUUUGUGUGCAUCGACCGAAUUGUGUGAAAAUUUAGAAGCGGGAGAAAAUCUCGCUUUUCCAUCCCAAUUUCUCAGUGUAUCUUGUGAAAAAGUAACUUUGUGUGAUAGUGAGAGUGAUAUUGUGAAGGGAGAUUGUGAUUUAGGUGAAAAUUGGGAGUGCUUCGUGGGAAAUCAGAGUUCUCCACGUGUUUGAGGUUAGAGACAGCUGUCAAAGGUUUCCUGGGCGAAUUUGGGUCUUCCCGGACAAUGGAGCCCACUGUAAACGUUACGACUGUGGCAUUGAUAUCGCCAUACACUAGAAUCCGUUUGGUGUGCACAGAAUCCCCAUUUCUCAAGUACUAUGACGACGAAUCGCGAAUCCGGGAGCAACGUGAGACAAAACAGUCUGAACUUUCCCACUCAAAUUCCGAUUCGGACAUCUCGGAGAAUGAAGACAAGUUCUGUGUGGAUGUGGACUUUCUGCGGAGUUUGGAUCCGAAGGAGUGGAAGGAUCAGGACCAUUAUGCUGUGCUGGGACUGAAGAAUUUGAGAUUCAAUGCCACUGAUGAUGACAUUAAGCGAGCCUAUAGGAAAAUAGUAUUAAAUCAUCAUCCGGACAAGAGAAAAGCCAAAGGAGAGGAUGUCAGGCAAGAUGAUGACUAUUUCACGUGCAUUACGCGUGCCUAUGAGAUUCUGGGAACACCAAAUAAACGCAGAUCUUAUGAUUCAGUCGAUCCAGAAUUUGACGAUAGCCUCCCAAGUCAGUCGGAGGUGGAGAAGAACUUUUUCCGUGUGAUGGACAAAGCCUUUACGCUCAAUGCAAGAUGGAGUGAACGCCGGAAUGUGCCCAAAUUGGGAGAUGUCAAUGCUGAUCGUGAUCAUGUUGAUUGUUUCUACAAUUUCUGGUACAAUUUCGAAUCAUGGAGGGAGUAUAGCUAUUUGGAUGAGGAGGAUAAGGAACGUGGACAGGAUCGGGAUGAGCGUAGGUGGAUUGAGAAGCAGAAUAAGGCCAUUAGGGCUAAGAGGAAGAAGGAAGAGAUGUCCAGGAUACGUGCUCUGGUGGAUUUAGCGUACAACAAUGAUCCCCGGAUACAGAGAUUCAAGCAGGAGGAGAAGGAACGGAGAAUGGCAGCAAAGAGAGCAAAGCAGGAUGCUAUUCAGGCACAAAAAGCUGAAGAGGAGAGAUUGGUGCGUGAGGCAGCAAUGGCCAAAGUCAAAGCUGAAGAGGAGGAACAACGGAGAAUUGAGGCAAUUCGAUUGGAGAGGGAGCAGCAGAAGAAGGCACUGAAGAAGGAACGGAAGACACUGAGGGAACUGGCAAAGAGUAACAAUUACUAUGCCUCAGAUGACAAGGUUCGAGUGAAGAAUAUGGAGGGAGUGGAGAAGAUCUGUGAGAUGAUGAAAGCCCUAGAGCUGCAGAAAUUCAAUAGGGAACUUCAGGAGGGUGGUCAGGAAGUUUUUCAGCGUGUCCUGGCGGAGACUGAGGAGAAGUUGGAAGAGGAACGUCGUGCCAUGCUGACCAAAAAUACAUCCUCAACAUCCCUAAACGCCUCUCUCCGGAUGGUGGAUAAGAAUGCCAUGUGGAAUGCUGAGAAUAUGCAGAUCCUCAUCAAGGCGGUGAAUCUCUUUCCGGCCGGAACGUCUCAGCGAUGGGAAGUAAUUGCCAAUUUUAUGAAUAUGCACUCACCAACAGCUUCCACGCACAAAUAUGCUGCCAGGGAUGUCCUGAACAAGGCUAAAGAUCUCCAGAGUGGUGAUUUCUCCAAGAGUGUCCUCAAGGCUCAGGCCAAUGAGAAUGCCUUUGAGUCCUUUGAGAAAACAAAGAAGGAACUCAAAGUUGUGGACAAUGCAGAGAUCAGUGUGAAGGACAAGGAACCCAAAAAAGCAGCAGCAGCAGCUGCUGAGGUCAAUGGAGGAGGAACAGACAAGGAGGCACGUACAUGGACCAAAGAGGAGCAAGCAUUGCUCGAGCAGGCCAUAAAGACGUAUCCAAUUUCCACGCCUGAACGCUGGGACAGGAUUGCCGAAUGUAUUCCCAACAGGACAAAAAAGGAGUGCCUGAAGCGUGUCAAGGAAUUGGUGGAUCGGGUGAAUGCCAAGAAGGAAGCCCAGCAGAGUGUCAAGUGAUUAGGAUUUAGCAUCUCUCCAGGAUUUAACCAAUAAAUUGUUAUUUUCCACAAAA